GCAGUCAGCUCAGCUGAAGGAGCUAUUUAAGAUUUGGGAAUCGUUUAUAAUCUCACUUGUUGUACUUUUUUAGGAUUUCCUUGGAAACAAGAAACUUUUUUUAAAAUUAACAUAAUGUUGAACCAAAGAUUUGGAUGCUGUCUCAUUCUUCAAAGGUUUUAAGAGGAAGUUUCAAUUGGAAUCUAGCUGCAUGUUAAACAAUGACUUCAGUCACACCAGACAAAUGGGAAAGGGCUUUAAGGGGGAGAAGGAAAAACAAGGAUUGUCACCGAACUAUCUGGUCUAAUCUCAGGUUUCAGGGUACCAGUUGGAAUGAGAAUCCAAACAGUCUGUAUCAAACAAAUGAAAUUAAGACUACCAAGUACACACUGCUAUCCUUUAUUCCAAAGAAUCUAUUUGAACAGUUCCAUCGAUUUGCAAACAUGUAUUUUGUGGCUGUGGCUGCACUGAAUUUUGUGCCUGUGGUCAAUGCCUUUCAACCAGCUGUGGCUAUUAUCCCUAUUUGCAUUAUUCUGGCAAUAACUGCAAUUAAGGACAUUUGGGAGGAUUUUCGGAGAUAUAAAUCGGAUAAGGAGAUAAAUAACAUGAUAUGUCUGGUGUAUAGCAGGAAUGAUAACUGCUACAUUGAGAAAUUCUGGAAAGAUGUCCGAGUUGGAGACUUUGUCAAACUUUUCUGCAAUGAAAUUAUUCCUGCAGAUAUCCUACUUCUCUACUCAUCUGAUCAAAAUGGGAUUUGCCACAUAGAGACUGCUAAUUUGGAUGGAGAGACAAAUUUAAAACAGAGACAAGUGGUCAGAGGCUUUUGCAAUCAGGAAUCUCCAUUUAGCCCAGAAUCAUUCAAAAACACAAUUGUCUGUGAAUCACCUAAUAAUAUUCUCAACAAGUUCAAAGGUUACAUGCAACACCCUAAUGUUCAACGGACAGGAUUUGGAAAUGAAAGUUUACUUCUCCGAGGUUGUACUAUACGUAACACAGAGGAAGCCAUUGGUGUUGUGGUGUAUGCAGGUCACGAGACGAAAGCAAUGUUAAACAACAGUGGUCCUCGUUAUAAACGGAGCAAACUUGAAAGGCGGAUGAACAUCAACGUUUUCUUUUGCGUUGGGAUCCUUUUCAUCAUGUGUCUCAUUGGAGCUUUAGGUUAUGGUAUCUGGUCAUCGAAGUUUGUGUUGAACCAUCCUCUAUUUGAAGUCCCAGAAAAAGAUGGAACUUACAUUUCUCCUGCUCUUGGUGGCUUUUAUAUGUUUUUAACAAUGAUCAUUCUGCUGCAGAUUUUAAUCCCCAUUUCUCUAUAUGUUUCAAUUGAAUUAGUAAAGUUGGGUCAAAUUUUCUUUGUGCAUAAUGACCUUGAUUUAUAUGAUGAAGAUAUUGAUCUACCUGUUCAGUGCCGGGCACUAAACAUCACAGAGGAUCUUGGACAAAUUCAGUAUAUCUUCUCAGACAAAACAGGAACAUUGACUGAAAAUAAAAUGGUAUUUCGAAGGUGUACCAUUGUAGGGAAUGAGUUUUCUCAUCAAGAAAAUGCCAAACGUCUUGAAACAUAUAAAGAAGAGGAUUCUGAUGAAGAGGACUUAAUAAGAAUGCAGAACUUUGCAUUGUAUAAUAUCAAUGAAGGAAACCAGUCCACAGUGAAACACAAAGGAACAAAAGCUUUAAGGCGAUGCCAUAGUGCACGACCAAAUAUUCAAGGACACUUUCGCAAAAAAUCUGAAGGACGUUUUGAUCUUUCUCAAGUGGCAUUCAGCAGUCCAAUUGAAAAAGAUGUGACCCCCGAUCAAAUGUUGUUGAAGAAAGUCAGAGAAGCAUCAGUUCAGAUUGAAGCCUUGUCUUCAGUUAAGGCUCAAAACCGCAAAAAGUCUUCAAAUUCUCCUUACAUUGAUUUCUUCCUUGCUUUAGCCAUUUGCAAUACAGUGGUAGUCUCCACAGCAACUGAACCAAGGCAGAGGGUCACUGGCCCACCAAUGUUUAAACCAGCAGGAACAUCAUUAGACAAGUUCCAACAUCUGUUUCAAAGGCUAAGGUUUUUGACACUGAGUCAGUCAUCUACAUCCACUCAAUCAAACGCCGACCCUGAAACACAUUCAAAGUCAAAGAGCAAUAAAAUAAAGCCAACUUCAGGAUCUGACAUUGUGUCCAGUUCAAGCUGUGGUGAUGCUGAAUUAACAAACCUUGGGAAAAAAGAUGCUUCAAUAAGCCAGACCAGCAGUGACAACUGUUUAGAUGAAAUGUAUGCAAAUAUUUCUCCUUUUAAUAUAGAAGAUGAUUUUUGCUAUGAAGCAGAAAGUCCAGAUGAAGCUGCAUUGGUUCAUGCAGCCAGAGCUUAUAGUUUCACACUCAUGUCCCGUACUCCUGAACAUGUGACUAUAAGGCUUCCACAGGGCACACUUCUCACUUUUGAACUCCUUUAUACAUUGGGAUUUGAUUCAGUCAGAAAAAGAAUGUCAGUGGUAGUUCGUGAUCCGAUAACAAAAGAAAUCAUUGUAUACACUAAGGGAGCUGAUUCAGUGAUCAUGGAUUUAUUAGAUGACCCAUCAAAAGCUAAUAUAAGUGAAGAAAAGAGGUUACGAAAAAUACAGGCAAGAACCCAGAGGCAUCUAGAUUGGUAUGCUAGGGAUGGGCUGAGAACACUCUGCAUAGCUAAAAAGAUUUUAGGUGAAGAGGAAUUUAAACGUUGGUCAAGUUUCCGUGCAGAAGCUGAAGCUGCAAUUGAGAACAGAGAAGAGCUGCUCAUGGAGACUGCACAGCACCUGGAAAAGAACCUUUGUCUAAUAGGGGCAACGGGCAUAGAAGAUCGUCUUCAGGAUGGAGUACCAGAUACCAUUGCUGCCUUAAGAGAAGCUGGCAUAAACAUUUGGGUGCUGACUGGAGAUAAACAGGAAACUGCAAUUAACAUUGCAUAUUCAUGUCAACUUUUAGACCAAAGUGAUACCGUGUUUACAAUCAAUACCGAGAGCAAGGAAACUUGUGAGUCCAUCCUUGACUUCACAUUGGAGGAAAUUAACAAGUUUGCUACUGAAAAAAAGAAGAGAAGCAUCUUUAAAAGACAUAGGGCAGAAAUGUCUCCCGAAGUUGAGACUUCUCCCCCAGAAGUUGGAUUGGUGAUUGAUGGAAAGACUUUAAAUGUCAUCAUUAAUGGUGACCUGCAAACAAAAUUUUUGGAAUUGACAAAAUGCUGUCGUUCAGUUUUAUGCUGUCGGGCUACACCUUUACAAAAGAGCAUGGUGGUCAAAUUAGUACGAGAUACAUUAAAUGUCAUGACCCUUUCCAUAGGAGAUGGUGCAAAUGACGUCAGUAUGAUCCAGGCUGCAGAUGUUGGAAUUGGUAUUUCAGGUCAAGAAGGCAUGCAGGCAGUAAUGUCCAGUGAUUUUGCCAUAUCCCGCUUCAAACAUCUUAAGAAACUUUUGCUAGUUCAUGGUCACUGGUGCUACAGUCGUUUGGCAAAAAUGGUUGUUUAUUUUUUCUACAAAAAUGUGGCCUAUGUGAAUCUGCUCUUCUGGUAUCAAUUUUUUUGCGGAUUUACAGGCGUCGCCAUGAUUGACUACUGGCAGAUGAUCUUCUUCAAUCUUUUCUUUACAUCAGUGCCACCUCUUAUUUUUGGAAUAAUGGACAAGGAUGUCUCAGAGGAAACGCUGAUGAUAUUACCAGAACUUUACAAAACUGGACAGCAGUCACAGUUCUACAAGAUGUCUACCUUUUGGAUUGCUAUAUUAGAUGCCUUUUACCAGAGUCUUGUCUGCUUCUUUGUACCCUAUUUUUCAUACUCUGGCACCAGUAUAGAUAUUCUCUCAUUCAGCACACCUGUCAACACUGCAUCUCUCUUUACAAUCACAUUACAUCUCGCAAUUGAAAUCAAAACAUGGACUUUUCUACAUUGGAUUACUAUAACUGGAAGCAUUAUCAGCUAUUUUGUAUUUUCAUUGGUCUACAAUGCUGUUUGUGUUUUGUGUAAUGAAGGUGCAAACCCUUACUGGAUAAUGGAGACACAGAUGUCCGACCCCACAUUCUAUUUUGUUUGUAUUAUUACAACAGUCAUUGCUCUCUUACCAAGAUUCUUUAUUCAUGCAAUGAAAGGAACCUGUGGUAAAUCUCCUAUAAUUGUGGCUCAGAAGUUAGAUAAACUCAAUAAAGCACAAAGAGAUAUUAAAAUCCAACAAUGGAAAGAGAAAAGUCGAAACUCAUCUACACGGAUGAUUAAUGAUUCAACAGACUUCUACAAUACAAGUGUUCUGCCUGCAACUCCUGAAAAAAUACAAAACAGCUGUACGGUAACAAAUGAGGUCAACAAUUCACCUAGAUCAUGCAACUCCAGAGCUGUAUUCAAUGCCGUUGGACCACCAAAAGGUGUAUCUGACCUCGUAAGAGAACACACAGAAGAUUUUACUAGAGCUAACCAUAGAAGAUCUAUUAGUACAGUUACAGUUUGAGUGUAGAUGCUAUUGGGACAUUUUUUAAAAUGUACCCAAAUUUUAUUUUGUUUGUCUGCUGAUAUACAACCCAUAUUGGGGACAAUUGCAAAUUAUGUAUCUGUCCUUUCAACUGUGAAUGUAUUCUACACCAAUAAAUAUUUGGAUUAAUUUAUAUAAACAAUAUAUGCUUUAAAAAUGAUGGAUCUAAACAAUAAGAUUGUAGACUGUGGCUUAUGUACAUAAAUGUUGUCUAACAAUGUCUUGACAUGAUGCUAUUAUUGACUGUAUUAUUGGCUGUGUACCUUUAUGGAACCUUCUGAAUAUGUGUAUAUAAAUAUAUGAAUUGUAAUGCAUCUUCUUUA